ACUUAUUCUCAACAUUUCAAGUUCGAAUAUUCAACCCCUCUCUCAAAAAAUAUCACAAAUUUAAACUCAUCACACACAAAAUUAAAGACCACAAAAUGUAUCAAAACAAUAAUUUUGAUUCCGAUUUUGCCCUUCUAGACUCUAUUCGCCGCCACUUGUUGGGUGAGUCCGAAUCAAUAUUCGGAGCUCCAACAACUAAUACCCGGGUUUUCUCUCGGAGCUCCAGUUUCAGUAGCUUGUAUCCAUGUUUGAGUGAUAAUUGGGGUGAGUUACCUCUCAAAGAAGAUGAUUCUGAAGAUAUGUUGCUCUACGGCGUCCUUCGUGACGCCGUAAAUGUCGGGUGGGUUCCGUCUCUUGAAGUCGGAUCACCCGAGAGCAUUUCAUCGGGUUUUCCGUUGGAAUUAACGGUAAAACCCGAGCCAGAUGUCAUGCCGGUUGAGAAUAUUCCCAUGGUGGUGCCUACGGCGGUUCAGGUGGUUCCGAAGGGACCCAAAGCUGCUCCGGUUAAAGGUAAGCACUACCGCGGGGUGAGACAACGGCCGUGGGGAAAAUUCGCGGCGGAGAUUCGUGACCCGGCUAAGAACGGAGCUAGGGUUUGGCUUGGAACAUUUGAAACCGCUGAGGAUGCAGCUUUGGCUUACGAUAGAGCUGCGUAUAGGAUGAGAGGUUCGAGGGCUUUGCUGAAUUUUCCUCUUCGGGUUAACUCCGGCGAACCCGACCCGGUAAGGAUUACUUCUAAAAGAUCUUCGCCGGAACGUUCUUCUUCGUCUUCAUUAUCGUCGGAGAGUAAUUCUCCGGCGAAGAAGAAGAAGGUAAUGGGAGGUCAAGUGGCACAGUUGACACGUGGAGGACAGUUGUUGGUUUCUUAAAAUAUAUGAUUUUCCGUACUAGGAACAAAAAUGUUUAGGUUACUGUUGUGUUGUGGUUGUUCAAUGCAAUUUUGUAAUUAUCCGAAGACAUGUGUGUAUAGCACUACCCUUUCUUUUUGUGGAUUUACCGACACAUUUUUGGAACCAAGGAAAAAGAUGAUAGAUAGAAAAUGUAGCAAGAUGUGACUCUUGAGAAGACAAAAAUGCGGGAGAGGAAACAAAAUGUGAAAAUUGAGAAAGGAAAUUAUGAUGUUUGGGAAAUAGUGAUUAGUGAAUGAAGUGGGGUUAAUAUGUAAUGUAGCUUUGUGAAUAAAGGAUUUGUUUUAUUUGUUUGAUCAA